CUUGGAAAAAAGUCGCGACGCUCCACGGCCAACAACCCCACAUCUUCUGAGAUACCCCUCCUUGCUUGUUUCCACCUGUUUGCAACAUGUCGAAUCCCACCCAAAUCUUUGCGGACGACGUGACGGAGGAGAAGGGCGAGAAUGCGCGUCUAUCGGCCUUUGUAGGCGCCAUCGCUGUCGGCGACUUGGUCAAGAGCACACUGGGCCCCAAGGGCAUGGACAAGAUAUUACAGUCUGCUUCUACCGGUGAGAUUAUGGUCACAAACGACGGCGCCACGAUCCUCAAAGCCAUCGCCCUCGACAACGCCGCCGCAAAAGUGCUCGUCAACAUCUCCAAAGUCCAGGACGACGAAGUGGGCGACGGAACCACGUCAGUCACCGUGCUCGCCGCAGAGCUUCUCCGAGAGGCCGAGAGGCUCGUCGACCAGAAGAUACACCCCCAGACCAUCAUCGAGGGCUACAGGAUAGCGAGUCACGCGGCUCUGUCAGCUCUGGAGAAGCUUGCGGUUGACCACAGCAAAGACGAGACAGCCUUCAGGAAGGAUCUCGAGGCCAUUGCUCGCACCACACUAAGCUCCAAGGUCCUCUCCCAGGACCGAACACAAUUUGCCACGCUCGCAGUCGAUGCCGUCCUCAAGCUGGGAGGCUCGACCGACCUCACGCACAUUCAGAUCAUCAAGAAGGCGGGUGGAAAGCUGAAGGACUCAUACCUGGACGAGGGCUUCAUUCUGGACAAGAAGUUUGGUGUGAACCAGCCCAAGAGAAUAGAGAACGCCAAGAUUCUGGUAGCCAACACAUCCAUGGACACGGACAAGAUCAAGAUCUUUGGCGCAAGAGUCAAGGUCGACUCGACGGGCAAGCUUGCCGAACUCGAAAAGGCAGAGCGGGAGAAGAUGAAGGCCAAGGUCGAGCGCAUCAAGGCACAUGGAAUCAACUGCUUCGUCAACCGACAGCUGAUCUACAACUGGCCGGAACAGCUCUUCGCGGAUGCUGGCAUCUGCUCCAUCGAGCACGCAGACUUCGAUGGUAUUGAGCGUUUGGCACUCGUCACAGGAGGAGAAAUCACUUCGACAUUCGACCACCCCGAAAACGUCAAGCUUGGGUACUGCGAUCUGAUCGAGGAGGUCAUCAUUGGGGAGGACUCGCUGAUUAGGUUUUCGGGUGUCCACGCUGGCAAAGCCUGCACCAUUGUGCUUCGCGGUGCAACUGAGCAGCUUCUCGACGAGGCUGAGCGAUCGCUACACGAUGCCCUCGCUGUUCUUUCACAAACUGUCAAGGAGCCCAGGACAACACUUGGUGGUGGAUGCGCAGAGAUGAACAUGGCCAAGGCCGUUGCAGAGGCUGCACAAAAUGUGGAGGGCAAGAAGGCCAUUGCCGUCGAGUCCUUCUCCAAGGCGCUCCAACAACUACCCACCAUUCUGGCCGACAAUGCCGGUUUCGAUUCCAGCGAUCUGGUCAGCCGACUCCGAAAGGCCGUAUACUCCGGGCUGACCAGCUCUGGAUUGGAUCUUCUGUCCCCUGGUGGUGGAAUUGCGGAUAUGAGGGAGCUGGGCGUUAUCGAGAGCUACAAGCUGAAGCGCGCAGUGGUUUCGUCGGCUUCCGAGGCCGCCGAGCUACUGCUUCGCGUAGACAACAUUAUUCGAUCAGCUCCUAGGCGGAGGGAGCGCAUGUAGGCUUUGAUGAAUUGAUGUGUCUGGCGGGCGAAUCGGCUUAGAUCCUAGUACGAGCAUGAGGUUGUAACGAAUUCGGCACCAACUAGAGUGUGUUCUACGAAAAGAAAUCCAUGCAGUCAAGAAGAACUAUGGUCUCUGUCUCUAGUGAUGUCUUCGUCAUUUGUUGGAUGAAGUUACUCGACAGUUUUCUUCUUCGCUCCACCACUCCGUGUUUCAGCCCUCAUUCUAGCCCAGCAACUGGGACAACGAUCGUCUCUCACGUUUUAG